AGACUCUACCUCACCACAGUGUCUUUGCAAGAAAACUACAGCAGCAGCAAAAUGACUCUAGCAGCUUACAGGGAAAAGAUGCGAGAGCUCCCCCUGGUGUCUCUCUUCUGCUCCUGCAUCCUCCCCAAACCCCUAGAGACCAGCUCCAACAAGAAGGAAGGCGUGGUGGACUUGAACCUGUGUAACAUCCGGGACAUGGAGGUGAUCGAGCUGAGCAAGCGGACGAGCGGUCAGGCCUUCGAGGUCAUCCUGAAGCCUCCGACCUUCGACGGCGGACCCGAGCUGACGACGCCGCCUCGCCAGAAACCUUCACUGGAGGAGAUCCAGAAGAAGCUGGACGCUGCUCAGGAGAGGAGGAAGUGUCACGAAGCAGAGAUGCUGAAGCACUUGGCGGAGAGGAGGGAGCACGAGCGUGAAGUGGCUCAGAAAGCUCAGACCAAAGAGCGUCAGGAGCACCGCGCCGACGCCGACAAGGAGCAGCGACAGAUGCACCUGAACGCCUCACAGGAGCGGCUGCAGGAGGAGGAUAAGCACAGUGUGGAGGUGAGGAUGAGCUGCAGG